GCCCUGCCCGGGCUCCGGAGCCAUGGACUGCGGCGCCCUCCGCACCCUCAUCAACAGAUACUGCGCCGGGGAAGAAAACUGGGUGGACAGUCGGAGCGUGUAUGUUGGCCACCGAGAACCGCCCCCGGGGACGGAAGCGUACAUUCCCCAGAGAUACCCGGACAACAGGAUCGUCUCUUCCAAGUAUACAUUCUGGAACUUUAUUCCGAAGAAUUUGUUUGAGCAGUUCAGAAGAAUAGCCAAUUUUUAUUUUCUCAUCAUCUUUCUGGUCCAGUUGAUCAUCGACACCCCCACCAGCCCUGUGACAAGUGGACUUCCACUCUUCUUUGUAAUCACAGUCACGGCGGUCAAACAGGGCUAUGAAGACUGGCUUCGCCAUAAAGCAGACAAUGCGAUGAACCAGUGUCCCGUCCAUUUCAUUCAGCACGGUAAACUGGUUCGCAAGCAGAGCCGAAAAUUAAGGGUGGGCGACAUUGUGAUGGUAAAAGAAGAUGAAACCUUCCCCUGUGACUUAAUAUUCCUGUCCAGUAGCCGAGGAGAUGGGACCUGCUACGUGACCACAGCCAGUUUGGAUGGCGAGUCAAGUCAUAAAACCCAUCAUGCGGUUCAGGAUACAAAGGGGUUUCACACGGAGGAGGAGAUCGACACCCUCCAUGCAACUAUUGAAUGUGAACAGCCACAGCCAGACCUGUACAAAUUUGUGGGACGAAUAAAUAUUUACCGUGAUCGAAAUGACCCCAUUGUAAGGCCAUUAGGAUCGGAAAACCUGCUGCUUAGGGGAGCUUCUCUAAAGAACACGGAGAAGAUCUUUGGUGUGGCAAUAUACACGGGCAUGGAAACCAAGAUGGCAUUAAAUUACCAGUCUAAAUCCCAGAAACGAUCUGCUGUGGAAAAGUCGAUGAAUGCCUUUCUGGUGGUGUACCUUUGCAUUCUGAUCAGCAAGGCGCUCAUCAAUACCGUACUAAAGUACGUGUGGCAGAGCGAUCCUUUUCGAGAUGAGCCUUGGUAUAAUCAGAAAACCGAAUCCGAAAGGCAGAGGAACUUGUUCCUCAGAGCUUUCACCGACUUCCUUGCGUUCAUGGUACUUUUCAACUACAUCAUCCCGGUGUCUAUGUAUGUCACGGUAGAAAUGCAGAAGUUCCUUGGCUCCUAUUUUCUUACUUGGGAUGAAGAAAUGUUUGAUGAAGAAACGGGUGAAGGGCCACUAGUGAACACCUCUGAUCUGAAUGAAGAGUUGGGGCAGGUUGAAUACAUCUUCACAGACAAGACGGGCACUCUGACAGAAAACAACAUGGAGUUCAUCGAGUGCUGCAUCGAAGGCCACGUCUACGUGCCUAAUGUCAUCUGUAACGGGCAGAUCCUCCCCGACUCCGCCGGCAUAGACAUGAUCGAUUGUUCCCCGGGAGUAAGUGGAAAAGAGAGAGAAGAGCUGUUUUUUCGGGCUCUCUGCCUCUGCCACACCGUCCAGGUGAAAGAAGACGACACCGUCGACGGACCCAAGAAAUCACCUCAGUCGGGACGAUCCUGUGUCUACAUCUCCAGCUCGCCAGACGAGGUGGCAUUGGUCGAAGGGAUUCAGAGGCUGGGUUUUACAUACCUCCGACUGAAGGACAAUUACAUGGAGAUUCUGAAUCGGGACAAUGAUAUCGAGAGGUUCGAAUUGCUAGAGGUUCUGAGUUUCGAUUCAGUGCGGAGGCGAAUGAGUGUGAUUGUCAGAUCGGUUUCAGGUGAAAUCUUUCUGUUUUGCAAAGGAGCAGAUUCUUCGAUAUUUCCCAGAGUGGCAGAAGGCAAAGUCGAUCAAAUCCAGUCCAGAGUGGAGCGCAAUGCAGUGGAGGGGCUGAGGACAUUAUGCGUCGCCUAUAAAAAAUUCACCCAGGAGGAGUACGAAGGCGUGUAUAAACUGCUGCAGACGGCCAAAGUGGCGCUUCAGGAUCGGGAAAAGAAACUGGCAGAGGCCUAUGAGCAAAUAGAGGAGAAACUCGUGCUCCUCGGGGCCACAGCCGUGGAAGAUCGGCUGCAGGAGAAGGCCGCGGACACCAUCGAAGCGCUGCAGAAAGCCGGCAUCAAGGUGUGGGUCCUCACGGGGGACAAGAUGGAGACGGCCGCGGCCACCUGCUACGCCUGCAAACUCUUCAGGAGGAACACGCAGCUGCUGGAGCUGACGACCAAGAAGAUCGAGGAGCAGAGUUUGCACGACGUGCUCUUCGAGCUCAGCAAGACCGUCCUGCGCUACAGCGGCAGUCUGACGCGGGAUAAUUUCUCAGGGCUCUCUGCCGAUAUGCAAGACUACGGUUUAAUCAUCGACGGAGCGGCGUUGUCCUUAAUAAUGAAACCGAGAGAGGAUGGGAGCUCUAGUAACUACAGAGAGCUUUUCCUCGAUAUCUGCAGGAACUGUAGCGCCGUGCUCUGCUGUAGAAUGGCACCGUUGCAGAAGGCCCAGAUUGUUAAGUUGAUUAAAUUUUCAAAGGAGCACCCAAUCACGCUAGCAGUUGGCGACGGGGCGAAUGAUGUCAGCAUGAUUUUAGAAGCACAUGUGGGCAUAGGCGUAAUCGGAAAAGAAGGCCGGCAGGCCGCAAGGAACAGCGAUUAUGCAAUACCCAAAUUUAAGCAUUUGAAGAAGAUGCUUCUGGUUCACGGGCAUUUUUACUACAUUAGGAUAUCUGAACUAGUGCAAUACUUCUUUUAUAAGAAUGUGUGCUUCAUUUUCCCUCAGUUUUUAUACCAGUUCUUCUGUGGAUUUUCACAACAGCCUUUAUAUGAUACUGCGUAUCUAACACUGUACAACAUCAGUUUCACCUCCCUCCCUAUCCUCUUGUACAGUUUAAUGGAGCAGCAUGUCAGUACAGAUAUGCUCAAGAGGAACCCGUCGCUCUACAGGGAUAUUGCCAAGAACUCUCUACUUCGCUGGCGGCUGUUCAUUUAUUGGACAUUCCUCGGGGUGUUUGAUGCGCUGGUGUUUUUCUUCGGUGCUUAUUUCAUGUUUGAAAACACAACGGUGACCAGCAAUGGGCAGCUAAUGACCACGAACACUCAUAUGAUGUUUGGCAACUGGACCUUCGGCACAUUGGUGUUCACCAUCUUGGUGUUUACCGUCACGCUGAAGCUUGCACUAGAUACGCACUACUGGACGUGGAUAAACCAUUUUGUCAUCUGGGGCUCACUGCUAUUCUACAUUGUCUUUUCCCUGCUCUGGGGAGGAAUCAUCUGGCCUUUUCUCAAUUAUCAGAGGAUGUACUAUGUGUUCAUACAAAUGCUGUCCAGUGGCCCUGCCUGGAUGGCCAUCAUACUGCUAAUAACUGUUAGCCUUCUUCCAGAUGUGCUCAAAAAGGUUCUAUUCAGGCAGCUACGGCCUACAGCAACAGAGAGAAUCCAGAGGAGGCCAGGGCUGUGUCAGAACCACGUUUCAGAAUCCACCCUCCUCGCCCCUAAGUGGGGCUCGAGCUACCGAACCAACGAGGCGACCAGACUCCCGGCGACAAAAUCCCUUCCUCAUUCUAAAAAAACCAUGUUGACCCAAUGGAGCAGCAACCAUUACUCCAUCCUCCCGCCUGUGUUCGGCUACUCAAAGAACUGUCGCCUCUCCGGGGCGAGACGCUGCUACAGUGGGACAGGUUCAGAAACGCCAGUAUGAGCGAUCACCGAUUUAAGCCUUUAAGAACCGCAUACUUGAGUGUGUGUGUGUGUUUUGUGUGUGUGCGUUUCCCAGAACAGGAGGCAAAUGGGUACGGAACUUGGACUAAAAUUAGCUCCUGAAGUCUGGAGAUAGGUCAAACAGAACUCUAGGAAUGCUUCUGCCCAAGGCCUGAUUUUUUUUUAACUUCUAACGCAAAGGAAAUUUGGCAUUGACCGAUACCGUGAGGCCGACCGCACCAGACAUCCUCUUCCUUCGGCUCAAGAUUUUGGGGCGUCUCCUGCUUGUCAUCUCGGUGGUCUGGCAUUCCUUGAAAGGGUCUCUUUUGUCGGCUGACUAUGGAGAUCCAUCUUCCAAAUCUGAGCCAGCAGCAACGACCUCAGAUCUCUCCAGUGACAAUCACUGAAAACAUACUGAACUGCUUUUUUCUGAUUUCCAUUUUUUGUCCUUCUCCCUCCUGCUGAUCUCUAGAACAAAUUGGUGUUGCCUCUGCGCUAAUCACCUUUCAAGAGAAGCAGGGAAGCCACGUGUCCUAGCGGAUAGAGCCCGGGCGUCAGAAGGACCUGGGUUCUAAUUCCAGCUCCGCCUCAUGUCUGCUGUGUGAC